CAGAUUCAGAGGAAAACGACUUUGUUGCCCCAAAUCUAAGCAAACAUUUCUCAUUGUACUGCAUAUUUUCCCUGUCGUCGCUUCCUCGUCGGCGUUCGUCUCCGAAUAGUCGCCGGUUCUCAUUUGCCGAAGAAAUUCUAACGGCUAAACUCUCUAAUUUCACCAUCUCUUUUUCUUCUUUUCUUGACGAGGGAACUCCGAAAACUUAAAGAAAGAAAGGGUUUCUUUUAUUUCGUGAAAGAAUAGAAAUGGCGGCUGCUGCGGCCACCAUGGUCAGUUCGGCUGGAGGUUUACUGGCGAUGCUUAACGAGAGCCAUCCUCAGUUGAAAUAUCACGCACUUUCUAAUUUAAUUAGCUUCGUUGAUCAAUUUUGGCCCGAGAUCUCCACCAGCGUUCCUAUCAUAGAAAGCUUGUAUGAAGAUGAGGAGUUUGGCCAGCAUCAGAGACAACUUGCUGCUUUACUUGUCUCGAAGGUCUUUUAUUACUUGGGUGAACUCAAUGAUUCGUUGUCUUAUGCUCUUGGAGCUGGCCCCCUAUUUGAUGUUUCUGAGGAUUCUGAUUAUGUUCAUACUCUCCUUUCCAAGGCAAUAGAUGAGUAUGUCAGUCUUCGGUCAAAGGCAGCGGAAUCAAGUGAUGAAUCAGCAAAGGUUGACCCUAGGCUGGAGGCCAUUGUAGAGAGAAUGCUCGAUAAGUGUAUCGUGGAUGGAAAAUACCAACAAGCCACGGGGAUUGCAAUUGAGUGCCGGAGACUGGAUAAACUUGAGGAAGCAAUAACAAGGAGUGAUAAUGUUCUUCGUACUUUAGCAUAUUGUGUCAAUGCCUCUAUUUCGUUUGUGUAUCAUCGAGAGUAUCGGCAAGAGGUGCUUCGGCUUAUUGUUAAAGUUUAUGAAAAGCUUCCUUCUCCUGAUUAUUGGAGCAUUUGUCAGGGUCUUAUGUUCUUGUUUGAAGCUGAAAGUGUUGCAAAUAUAUUAGAGAAACUUCUUCGUUCUGAACGUAAUGAGGAUGCUCUUUUGGCUUUCCAAAUCGCAUUUGACCUUGUGGAGAAUGAGCACCAGGCUUUUCUCUUAAAUGUAAGAGAUAACCUUUCAGCUCCCAAAUAUCCGCCUUCAGAAUCUGUACAGCCAGGCUCCAGCAAUCCUCCUACUGCUCAAAAUGAAAAUUCUACUGCUUCAGAGGAUGUUCAGAUGACAAAUGAAUCUUCUGCUGUUCAUGAUGCUGAUCCUAAAGAAGUUAUGUAUGCCGAGAGACUGACAAAAAUCAAAGGAAUUUUGUCUGGAGAAACAUCCAUACAAUUGACUCUACAAUUCUUGUUCAGUCAUAACAAAUCCGACCUCUUGAUUUUGAAGACGAUAAAACAGUCGGUUGAAAUGAGGAAUAGUGUUUGUCACAGUGCCACAAUCUAUGCUAAUGCAAUAAUGCAUGCUGGAACAACUGUAGAUACAUUCCUGAGGGACAAUAUGGACUGGCUGAGUAGAGCCACCAAUUGGGCCAAAUUCAGUGUAACAGCUGGGCUUGGUGUUAUUCACAGAGGACAUCUGCAGCAGGGGAGGUCUCUGAUGGCUCCUUACCUGCCCCAAGGUGGGGCUGGUGGUGGGAGUCCGUACUCUGAAGGUGGGGCUCUAUAUGCUUUAGGUCUCAUUCAUGUCAACCACGGUGAAGGCAUCAAGCAAUUCCUUCGCGAUAGCCUAUGUGGGACUAAUGUUGAGGUCAUCCAACACGGUGCAUGCUUAGGUCUUGGUUUGGCUGCUCUUGGAACUGCUGAUGAAGAAAUUUAUGAUGAUAUCAAAAAUGUGCUUUAUACUGACAGUGCUGUUGCUGGUGAAGCUGCUGGCAUCAGUAUGGGUUUGCUUUUGGUUGGAACUGCUAGUGAGAAAGCAAGUGAGAUGCUUGCUUAUGCGCAUGAGACACAACAUGAGAAAAUUAUCAGGGGUUUAGCAUUAGGGAUAGCUCUUACAGUUUAUGGAAUGGAAGAAGAAGCAGAUACAUUAAUCGAGCAGAUGACUCGGGAUCAAGAUCCUAUACUACGUUAUGGUGGUAUGUAUGCUCUAGCAUUGGCCUAUGCGGGAACUGCUAACAACAAAGCCAUUCGCCAGCUGCUGCACUUUGCUGUAUCAGAUGUGAGUGAUGAUGCUAGGAGAACUGCUGUCUUAGCUCUGGGAUUUAUCCUUUACUCACAGCCACAGCUGACUCCUCGAAUUGUCUCCUUACUAUCGGAGUCAUACAACCCACAUGUUAGAUACGGUGCGGCACUUGCAGUGGGCAUUUCAUGUGCUGGAACAGGAUUAAGAGAGGCCAUAACAUUGCUAGAACCAUUAACAUCAGAUGUCGUUGACUUUGUUCGUCAAGGGGCCCUAAUUGCAAUGGCUAUGGUCAUGGUCCAGAUCAAUGAAGCCAGUGAUUCUCGUGUCGGAACAUUCAGGCGACAAUUAGAAAAGAUAAUACUUGGUAAACAUGAAGACACAAUGAGCAAGAUGGGAGCAAUCCUGGCCUCUGGGAUCCUUGAUGCUGGUGGGAGGAACGUAACCAUAAGAUUGCUUUCCAAGAGAAAGCAUGACAAAGUCACUGCGGUUGUUGGUCUUGCAGUUUUUAGCCAGUUUUGGUAUUGGUAUCCCCUAAUUUAUUUUGUAAGCUUGUCUUUUUCACCCACAGCUUUGAUUGGACUGAACUACGACCUGAAGGUUCCAAAAUUUGAGUUCUUAUCGCUUGCAAAACCUUCGCUUUUUGAGUAUCCAAAGCCAACUACUGUGCCCACAACUACAUCUGCUGUUAAACUUCCAACUGCUGUCCUAUCAACUUCGGCAAAGGCUAAAGCUAGGGCUAAGAAAGAGGCAGAACAAAAGGCAAAUGCUGAGAAAUCAACUGGAGCCGAGUCCUCCUCUGCUGCUGGAAAUACCAGAAAAGGGAAAUUACCUAGUGAGAAGGAUGGGGAAGCCAUGCAGGUUGAUAGCCCUCCGGAGAAGAAAUCUGAGCCUGAGCCAUCAUGUGAGAUUCUGACCAACCCAGCAAGAGUGGUUCUUGCUCAGGAGAAGUUCAUCAGGUUUUUUCGAGACAGCCGAUACGUGCCCGUGAAGUCGGCACGAUCCGGGUUCGUUCUUCUAAGAGACCUACUCCCCAAUGAACCGGAGGUGCUCUCUCUAACAGAUUCACCCACAUCCACAUCAUCCCCAGCAGGUGGAUCAGCUGCUGCUGCAGGACAACAGAGUUCUUCAUCAGCCAUGGCCAGCGAUGAUGAAUCUCAGCCACCUUAGGCAUUCGAGUACACAUCCUGAUUUUUACCGGAUCCCGGAACUGAAACAGGGCCAACAAUACUUUUGUACAUGAAUGGUAUUUCACAUUAUAGCUCUCUAACAUAGAGUGAAAAACUAGAACAUUUUCUCAUUUCACGUCCUCCGCUUAGGGAGCUUCCGAGCAUUCCCCCGAGAUCUUAUUCGGUUCUGCUAGGGUUGUCUUGAUUUUCCUUUUCAGGCAUGAAUUUGCAUGUUGAAGGAUUCUGUUCCCAUUGUUGAUUGUUCCCCUUUAUCUUGUGUUUUUAGACCUUUGGAAAGAUAGUUGUAUACGUACAUGAACGAACAAUGAUCAUUUCAAAUUUAAAUUUCAGCAAGCAUUUAGGCCUUGAGAUGCA